UCAACUCCGUGUGUGACCUGUGUUGGCCAGUAACCUAUUUAUGUAGCUAGCUUGAUUAACGUAGCUAACGAUGCUGUCUGGUAGGACGAUGUACAUUUAAAGAAAGGUGUUACAUUUCCGUAUUUAUGUUUGGUAGCUAGCAUUAAACGAUGGAGAUUUUGCGAGACAACGAGGAACAACAAAUUAAGUAUAAACCCGGAGGUCGUUUGGACAUGAGCCACGGUUUUUUACACCAUAUUCGUCGUAACCAGAUUGCCAGAGAUGACUACGACAAGGAGGUGAAGCAGGCAAAGGAACGGCAGCGGCUCCGAUCCACAGCCACCCCAAGACGACCGCGUCGGCCUGACAUUCAAGUGUACCACCCUCGCCGCCGGAACGGAUCAGAACCGGGCGCUGGCGUGGAAGCAGAAGAGUGGAACGAAAGCGGGUCGAGCACAGAGCCUGAGACCCCGGGCACGGAGCUGUUCUGGCUGGACUACCAGGCCGACAGCGGCCGCCUCACCUCCUUCAUCGUUCACAGGGAGGACAAGCCGGAGGGCGUGGUGGAGAGGGUGGCGGAGGAGAACGUUCUGGACCCCGGCAUGAGGAUGGUGCUGCAGGCCCGCGUUAAAGAGGAGAUGGACAAGAGGCGGGACAAGCGCUGAGCCAAGGCCCUCACUGGAGGAACGAGACCUGGGGGAGGCUGGGAUGGGGGAGAGUGAGGGAGGAAUGGCUGGGGGAGAAAGUGAGAGACUGAGAGACGCCCCAUUUCUGGUUCUUUAGCCUCACGCUGUGCGCAGUGGUGCGACAGCCCACCGGGAAGAGUGCACAUGCAUGGAUGGAAACAUCAGGGCAGGCGUCCCUGUCAGGGAACACAAGCCCCAUGUGCUUUUUUUUUUCUUUCUUUAUUUCUUCCUCUUUCUCUCCUUCCCUCCCUCCCUGGCACUGCUGUCCUUGAUGGGCGGGUCGGAUCACACAGUGUGGUGGUGAGGGGGAGGAUCGGAGCUGCUCAGGUCCUGGGUAGAGGAGCUGGGGAUACCCUGUGAGGUGAUCCAUCUGUCUUCAGACGUCCGCGGGGCGUGGAGAUUCCGUCCUGCCAGCUCCCACCACAGGGGGUGCCCUUAUGCACCCUGCACUGAAAAAGUCCCAGGAUGCAGACCCUUUCCAAACCGUACAAGACCCAACGGCCAUCUUGUCUCUUUGGGUCUGUAAACCUUACAGCCAUCGGAAGUAUUAGCUAGGCAUUUCAAUAGUUUUUCUUUUUCUUUUUUUUAAUGAGACAUUGGUUUUUGAUUAUGUACUUUUUUCUUGUUGUAUUUAGCUUUAUCACACAGAACUGCUUUAUAGUUUGGAUACAUUUUGCAUAAAAACAAAUAAUGUUAUUGAAAAUCUAUUCAGAUUUUCUCCAAAAAGGGGGACAUUACAUGUCUCCUGUUAUGGGAUGAAAGGGAUGUUGGAACUUCUGUUUGUGGAUAGACCAGGACGAAGUUGGUCAGGUGAAUUCAUUUCAGUCUGGGAUAUCAGAGGAUGAAGCAAAGUGGUAAAUACAACUUCGAUCUAGUCUCCUAGGAAAUGUGAACGGUUUAUUUUUUUUCAUAUGUUUAACUUCGAUUAGUAUAUUUACUGACCAAGAGCACUGACAUGUUGCUCUUUGUCUAAAAUGCCCCCUGAACAGAGAUGAUACGUGAUUAAAAGAUUUUUGUUA